GCCUCUCGGGGAGGAAGAGGCGAGUAUAAAAGCCCCACCCAGGCCAGCGGGCUCCGCUCGGCAUCUGGGGACGCUCUCUGCUCUCGCCGCUCGGCCCAGCUUCCUUCAAAAUGUCUACUGUUCAUGAAAUCCUGUGCAAGCUCAGCUUGGAGGGUGAUCACUCUACACCCCCAAGUGCAUAUGGGUCAGUCAAAGCCUACACCAACUUUGAUGCUGAGCGGGAUGCUUUGAACAUUGAAACGGCCAUCAAGACCAAAGGUGUGGACGAGGUCACCAUUGUCAACAUUUUGACCAACCGCAGCAAUGCACAGAGACAAGAUAUUGCCUUCGCCUACCAGAGAAGGACUAAAAAGGAACUUGCAUCAGCACUGAAGUCAGCCUUAUCUGGCCACCUGGAGACGGUGAUUUUAGGCCUAUUGAAGACACCUGCUCAGUAUGACGCCUCUGAGCUAAAAGCUUCCAUGAAGGGGCUGGGAACAGAUGAGGACUCCCUCAUUGAGAUCAUCUGCUCAAGAACCAACCAGGAGCUGCAGGAAAUUAACAGAGUCUACAAGGAAAUGUACAAGACUGAUCUGGAGAAGGACAUUAUUUCGGAUACAUCUGGUGACUUCCGCAAGCUGAUGGUUGCCCUGGCAAAGGGCAGAAGAGCAGAGGAUGGCUCUGUCAUUGAUUAUGAAUUGAUUGACCAAGAUGCCCGGGAUCUCUAUGACGCUGGAGUGAAGAGGAAAGGAACUGAUGUUCCCAAGUGGAUCAGCAUCAUGACCGAGCGGAGCGUGUGCCACCUGCAGAAAGUAUUUGAUAGGUACAAGAGCUACAGCCCUUAUGACAUGUUGGAGAGCAUCAGGAAAGAGGUUAAAGGAGACCUGGAAAAUGCCUUUCUGAACCUGGUCCAGUGCAUUCAGAACAAGCCCCUGUAUUUUGCUGAUCGGCUGUACGACUCCAUGAAGGGCAAGGGGACUCGAGAUAAGGUCCUGAUCAGAAUCAUGGUCUCCCGCAGUGAAGUGGACAUGUUGAAAAUUAGGUCCGAAUUCAAGAGAAAGUACGGCAAGUCCCUGUACUACUACAUCCAGCAAGACACUAAGGGUGACUACCAGAAAGCGCUGCUGUACCUGUGUGGUGGAGACGACUGAAGCCCGACACGGUGUGAGCAUCAGGAACGGUGCUCCCUAUGCUUCCAGCUAACAGGUCUAGAAAACCAGCUUGCGACUAACAGCCCCUAUCGCCGGCCCUGUGAGGAUGACGGUAGCGUUGCCCCCACCCCCAUUCUAGUUGCCUAAGCAUUGCCUGGCUUUCCUGUCUAGUCUCUCCCGUAAGCCAAAGAAAUGAACAUUCCAAGGAGUUGGAAGUGAAGUCUGUGAUGUGAAACACUUUGCCUCCUGUGUACUGUGUCGUAAACAGUUGAAUAAACUGAAUUUGUACUUUAGAAACAA